UUUACCGUGGGUGGAAUCACUGGAAUGUCCUUGCACUUGCUAAGCCCCGAAAUCACGACGUCCGACAACGACGACAGCCACCAGUUUUGAUAUUUUCCGAUGUUUGGUUCCCACAUCAAUAAAAACCAUUUGGCGGCCAAUAAAAACGAUCUGUACAUGUUAAACGAUCACCAAACAACGUGCACCGCGAUUUCCCGGUAGGUAGUGUUCGGUUUCGGGUCGGCCGCGCAAAAUGCAAGCCAUCAAGUGUGUCGUAGUCGGCGACGGAGCGGUUGGUAAAACAUGUUUACUCAUUAGUUAUACAAGCAAUGCAUUUCCUGGAGAAUAUAUACCCACUGUAUUUGAUAACUAUUCAGCCAAUGUUAUGGUUGAUGGAAAACCUAUAAACUUAGGAUUGUGGGAUACUGCUGGCCAAGAAGAUUAUGAUAGGCUUAGGCCUCUUUCAUAUCCACAAACAGAUGUGUUUCUUAUAUGUUUUUCAUUAGUAAAUCCUGCAUCAUUUGAAAAUGUGCGGGCAAAAUGGUAUCCUGAAGUUCGACAUCAUUGUCCAAGUACUCCAAUUAUUUUAGUUGGUACUAAACUUGAUCUACGAGAGGAUAAAGAAACAAUUGAUAAACUGAAAGAAAAAAAGUUAACUGCUAUUACAUAUCCACAGGGUUUAUCAAUGGCCAAAGAAAUUGGAGCAGUGAAGUACUUGGAAUGUAGUGCUUUGACUCAAAAAGGUCUAAAAAUUGUUUUUGAUGAAGCCAUUAGAGCAGUUUUAUGUCCUGUACUGCCAGUUAAGCCAAAACGUAAAUGCACAAUAAUUUAACAAUCAUGACUAUGUUGUCACUGGGACUUUAAAUCCAAAUGGAGGAUUGUCCAAGACUGAUAACUGUCAGUUCGCCGAUCGAUACACUUUUUGUUGGUGUAUAACAACUAACAAAAAACAAAAGUUCUUCCUGCAAAAUAAUAGAGCGCACAUAAUAAUUAAAUUAUGUAAUAUAAAGUAUGAUAAGAAAUUUAUGUAUUAACUAGGGACCUAUAAUGCUGUUGAACAAACUUAUGGCCUAAUUUUAUAGUCUAAUCAUGUAAUCUAUAGCUUAAUCAUUUUUAUAAAGAAAAAAUAAUAUAUAUAUAUAUUUAAAUAAUCCAUAAGUUAAUUAAUUCUCUAAUUGUAAAUUAAUAUAAACCAAUUUCCAUUGUGAAUUUUUUUUUUAAUUAUUUUACAAUUUAUUUUCUAUUAAGUUGCUUGGUGCUACUUACUUUCUGUAUCUUUUAAUAUCACUAUAAUUUUUUUUUUUACUCUAAUGACCUUUGCCACAAUAUAUGUUACUGAGUAUGGUAAUAAUGUAUAAUUAACAUAAAAAAAAAUUAAAUUUACAAAAUACCAUCAUUCAUUUUGAAUACCUUAUAGUUACAUGAUAAAUUGGAUAAUGUUGGCAAUUUAUUCUCAAUUGUAAAAAUAUAAGCUAAGUGAUGUAAUAUUGUUACAGUUCAAUAGUAGCAUGGUUAUUUUAAGUUAGGCUGUAAUCAAAAAUUAUUUAUUUAUCUCUUAAGCUUUAUGGAUUUAAAAAAUAAGCACUGUGUGCUUAUUUUUAUUCUCAAUUAUUUAUCAUGUAUAACUGACAUAAAUGCAUUUUCCAGUGGUUUAGAGUAUAAAAUAUUGUGUAUAUAGAAAUUAUAUGAAAUAUGUACAAAAGCAACAAAACCUAUAGUAUCAUUUUUUGUAAUAUUUGUUAUGUCUAAAAAAUCAGAAUUUUAAUGUUAUUUUUUACUGAGUUUCUUUAUAAAAUGUUGUUGGACCUACUAGACGCAUGAUAUUUAUUAUAUAGUCAUGUGUUUUUUUUUUUUUUUUUGUACGAUAUUCAUUUUUUUCUUUUUAUUUUAACCUUGUAAUUUCUAAAUAAAUGAUAUAUCUUGUGUAAAAAAAAGAUAGUUACUUUUAUUUUUCAACCCCAUGUUUAUGACUUAAAAGAAUGUAGUCAUUACUUUCAUUAAUAAAUGAUGUUUUAUUGCAUUAUUAA